UUGCGUCAUUCACCUCAGGGGAAAAACUUGAGACUUUGUAAAUUUUCACUCUAGAUAAAUACUGAAAUAGAACUUCAAUUCAAUUUUGUUGAAAGAUAAUUUUAAUUCUUUUUAUACUCGAGCCCUUGUACUUACUUGGUUCGUGUAAAGGCUUGUUUCGCCAUGUUUUUUCAACCGAGUCGUAUUUUGGUUUCGUUUGAUUUGAAUUGAAUUGUUAUUGAGUUGAGAGUAACUUGAGAGCUUGAGAGCUUGAGUUGAGUUGAAUUUCCCAUUGUAAUUGUCUCUCCCAUCUUUUCUUCUCCUUAGGUAUGCCCACCAAUCCGCCCCCCCCCGUUUGUACUUUCCUCUUAUCCACUCAUUACGAUUUGAGCAUCUUUCCAAGGGAUCCCUCCUAGCCUUUCAGCCUCAUACGAAGGGAUAACGAGACAAGACAGGAGGACUUUCAAUCAACAACACAACACAAUACAAUACAUACCCCAUAUGUUCUUUUCCUUGCUAAAUUGCAAAUGUGAUUUUCGUUUUCAGCUGAAACAGGAAUAAUCAAUUGUUUCCUAAUUAUCAAGUUUUUGUAGGAUCAAUGUUGUUCGAUGUUUCUCCAAAAUGCCAUUACUCCGUCGUCGUGCUGCUGCCAGCGACGCUGAAAUGCGACGGCAUAGCUUCUAUCCCACUGAUUCCAACACUCUGAAUCCAAUUCUCGAUUCCGAUCUUCCACAUGGCAGAGCGAGUGAACAAAUGACACGAAGACCUUCGCCUGGUGAUUUCCAAUCAUUCGCAGGAACAGGGACGAUGGCACCGUUACCCAUGCUAAAUAGACCUUCCACGGAUUAUCCUACAUCGUUGCAGCGAUCGGGCACACCACCAAUACAGGAGGAGACCUCGAAACAUCGUCGCUUCUCCAUGUUAAGGUUUCGACAUGCUUCCGAUUCACAAUUGUCCACUCGAUCGCGACUACAGGCUCAGAACGCUUCAAUAGCUGAAGACGUUCCUCCGAUACCUCAUCGCAAGUAUUUCCCAUUGACGUUCUUUCCCCGAGGUCUAGAGACAUUUGAUUGUUCCAUAUCUAGUUCGACAAUAAAAAUUGCUUGCUGGGCCUGCGUUCUUGGCAUAGUGCUGACAAUAUACCAGCCCCAGAGAUUAUUACCACGGCUCCGACCAUGGAUUUCAAUGGAGGACGCCCAAUCAAGAAAAAGUCGCGAGUUCGACUUCCUGGCCGUACCAAAUCGCCUGCUGUGGAUAGCGAUCGUGUGGGGCCACAAGAAGAUACACUGAAUAUUGAAAUGCUCUCGAAGAAGGAACGAAGGAAAACAAUGUCAGAAUCGGGACCGAGCAAUAAAAGCCGGGUUACUUUCGACGAACCAAAUCGGCCAGUGACCCAUGGUAAUGGUGGCUCUCCUCCUGCAUAUGGAGACGAAGCAUCCUCGGCAUUGGCUCUACCAGUGAACAGACUCUCUGAAUCUUCAAGAUCAGAUGCAAGUUCUAAUGAUCAUGGAGUUUAUGCAACGACCACUACAACCACACAUACGGUGCAAACGACAACCACCUUCUUUCGUCUCCCUCGUCGGAAGAAGCCCGCUCCAUUAUUCGAUCUUAGCCAUCUUCCACAAAAGUCCGCGCAGCAUGAUUCCUCACAUUCGCUUUCCGUUACAAGAUACCCUACAGCUCCUCCAUCUGACCCGGCUCGGGCCAUAACCCCGAAGUCGUCGGAUGAUUUGACCCCACAUGGUUUUCAGUCUCCAAUGCCAUCUCCGUCACAUACCUCUUCGUCUCCAAGUGCUUUGAUGAAGACAUCAUCUGGUCGGCCAGCUACCCCAUUAUUACGACAAGGUUCCGCGGCGUCAUCUUCGAGAUCUUCACCCACCCGUUCCAGACUGACAUUGCGCGGUCGUUCAUCCACUUUGAGCUCUUUAAGGAAUGCACCAAAUGAAGAUGCUUUACCUACACCUACAUUACCACCAAGCAGGACUUCUACAUCCACAGGGAGGAAGAGUUUUGGCGAUUUAUUUAAUCUUUCAGCUCGACUACGCCAGGGCUCCGAACCAACAACUAAUUCAGGACCUACCACUCCCGGAUCCAAUACUUCGAAAAAUAAUUCUAUGCAAUUGGCCCGAGAAGAGCCUAUUAUUCUGCCCGAGCGUUUUGAUGAUGACACGCCCGCUAAUUAUUUGGUCAGGCUUGAAGAGGCUGUUAGUAGAGGUGUUGUAGCUAGUGUCUUAUCAAAAGGGACGGAUCCUUUCUCCCAGGCUGUUCUUCGUAGCUACAUGAGAGGAUUUGGCUUCUUUGGGGACCCAAUGGAUAUGGCCAUACGAAAGUUGCUCAUGGAAGUUGAGCUCCCCAAGGAGACUCAGCAAAUUGAUAGAUGCUUACAAGGUUUUGCUAAUAGGUAUCAUGAAUGCAACCCUGGCAUCUAUGCAUCUCCUGAUCAAGCUUACUUCAUCGCUUUCUCACUUCUCAUCCUACAUACAGAUGUGUUUAACAAAAACAACAAACAUAAAAUGACAAAGGCAGACUACAUCAAGAACACCCACGGCGAAGGAAUUUUUGACGAGAUCCUGGAGUGCUUUUUUGACAACAUUUCAUAUACACCCUUUAUUCAUGUGGAGGACGAUUUAGACAUUAACGGCGAAAGGAUUAUACCUCACAAGAUGAAAAAGAAGUCGAAGAUACUUCGUGGAGGCGGCGAUCCUAACAAACGUCCCUCGAGAGAACCAGUUGACCCUUAUACUCUAAUUCUUGAUAGCAAACUUGAUACUUUACGCCCCAACCUCAAGGAAGUUAUGCAUCUUGACGAACAUUAUAGUUAUCUUGGUACUGCACCGUCCCUGAAUUUACAGAAUCUACAGAAGACCUUCUUCAAGACCGGUGUGUUACAGAUAGUUUCUGCCAGAUCACGGCCGGAUGCUUUCAUGUCAGAGAAAACGGUCACAAACCCCGAGGAAGCACAGGCUGGUAUUGUGGAUAUUAAAAUCACCAAGGUUGGUUUACUAUGGCGAAAAGAUGUGAAGAAGAAGAAGACUCGUUCUCCAUGGCAAGAGUGGGGAGCUAUUCUUACCGGAGCUCAAUUGUAUUUUUUCCGGAAUACCACCUGGAUCAAAAGCUUGAUACAUCAGCACGAGACACAUAUCAAACAAGGUCAUGAUGGCAGCCCUGUAAUUUUCAAGCCCCCGCUAGAACAUUUCAAGCCCGAUGCAUUAAUGUCCACUGAUGAUGCAGUCGCUCUGGUUGACUCCACGUACAAGAAGCAUAAGCACGCUUUCAUCUUUGUUCGCCACGGAGGAUUUGAGGAAACUUUCUUAGCCGAUAAUGAAGAUGAGAUGAAUGAUUGGCUUGCUAAGCUUAAUUAUGCUGCAGCAUUCAGAACCGCUGGAGUUCGUAUGCGGGGCGUGGUUGGAGGCAACUACGAAGGCCAGCGUAAUCGAGGUAUCCGCAGGCUAGAAAGCCAAAACGACUCCGCAAAACUGAUUCAAACGCCUUCUGGCGAAGUUACUAUAGUCAGCGGAAAGAUCGACAACAAGAUGCAGGACGAUAUCUUGGCCGCACGUCGCCAAAUCAUGCUACAAAAAGUAGCUGAAGCCGAAGAAAAGCUUACCGUCGCAGUGAAACAACUAGACUCACAACUUCGAAAUGCUCGCCAUUUACAGAUUCUAGCUCCAGUUCAACAAAAGACAAGAGAUAAUGUUCUAUCAGCAGCAGCUCGGAUGUCCGCGCAAUUGAAAUGGGGUAGAAUGGAGAUUUGGCGCUUGAAGUGCCACCGGGACAUUUUGAUUUUGGAUUUGGAUGAAGAAAAGAGUAUCGAGGGAGGCUUCACGGAAAAGACAGAGUCAAACGGAGAUACACCGAUGUCAGCACGAUCGGCUCUUACUCGGUUACAAUCUAAGGCAAGUAGUUUAACACCACGCGGCGCGCCGAAAUCCCCGACAUCAGAUUCCACAACCCGGCCUUCUACGUCUGGUCAUUCGCUUCCGCCGCCCGAGAAGGGCCAAAUGAUGGAUGACGUCUUUCAUGCCCGACCAAGCUCGAAUGAGAAGGCUCAAGCAUCCUGGGAACUUCCGCCUUUGACAAACGAUGAACAGCCUCCACUCGAGCCUUCGAUACCCAGUGUAAUUCCUCCGAGCCCUGGUCUUGCCACUCAGCCUUCUCAUUCCAGUUUGAAACAAGCUCCAACUUUGAGCUCCAGACCUUCGGAUGAUCCAAACCUUGAUGCUGCCGAGCAAUCUGUUCUUGAGCAGACUGGAUUGAUAGAUGUAGAUGUCGCGAGUGAAGAUAAUAAAGACCAGACAACAGACAAGGACAAGUUUGGCAAAGGCAAGAUUCGCCGCAGCAUACAUCAGACCCUGCGCGAAGCACACGUUCCAUCACAUCAUCGUGGCCGUAAAGGGAAGGACUCGAAUUCGAGUGCUGGUAUGUCGGAUGAAAAUACUACAGAUGAUAUACUUCCUCGUGGCUCUGGAAGCUUUGUCGUGCACGGCAAAAAGGCUUCAGUCAUCACAUUCGGGACCGAGCUUCAAGCUAUGUCACCGGAAGAACGUCUACGUCUCCGUAAACAGCCGCGCAGAAACUCGGAAGCAGGAUCUCAUGCCACUAUUGAUGAUGACUUCCACUCAAUACUCGCCGAACCUGUCCAGCUUCGUCAACGCCAUAAUUCAGCUGCCAGCACUAGUACCGCGACGGCCAAAAGCUUCCGGGAAUUACAUAGGAAAUAUUCUGCACAAACUCCAGAAAAAUCUCCAAACCUCACUGUCAAUGUAGAUGACGACGACGAAGCGGCGAUAAGUGUAUCAGACGGUCGACGAAGUCCAUUACCUCCCGUCGAAGACGAAAACGAGGACGAAGAUUCAAGCAGUAAUGACAAAACAAAAUUCUACACACCAGAACCCUCGCCUCGUGGAAUGGAGUUUGAUGAGCGAUCGCUACUUGAACCCAAUGAACAACACGAGAUUUCAUGCAUCGAUUCAGAUGAGCGAUUACCAAGUCCUACUUGCGAAGCAGUCGGUGCUUGAUAUAACGCAUUUUACCCAUAGGAAUAUCACUUCCCCACAAACACACAGCAUUUUCAUACCAUUGUUCUAGUCUCUUUUCUUCAUAUUUUCUGCGUAACCAAAGCAUAGCGCGCAUACAACUAUUCUAACGACGAUCCUUUAUAUAUCCAUUUCUUAGCUCGCGAUGGUUCCUUUUUACAAUACUUGAGAUGAUUGAUAUUUCUUCAAAAAGCGAAAAGGGUGGGGUUAUUUUUUCGCAACAAAUAAAAGUAUUUGGUGGCUCGUUUUUUAUGGCAAUAUUUUAGUUUUCCCGUUUCGUUUGUUUUCUUCUUCCUCUUUGCUGUAGUGGUUAUUUGACACAUACUUUUGAAAGUAUUUACUCCGCGUAUGUAUACUAGCGGUUGGGAAGGGUGGGAUGGACGGUAGGAAGAAUGGGAAGGAAAGGAAAGUGAAAUGGCUUGGGGUCCAAACAUAUCUAUGCGAAGGGUUGUUUAUGGUAUGGCACUAUGGCACGGUACCCCUGGAUGGUUUUCGAUGCUGACCCUAUUGGCUGGCUGGCGUUUUGGGGAAUGUGUUUGAUUUUGAGGUAGUGGAUGAAUGCAGAUGGAAAUUGGGAGAUGAGAUACUGUUCUGAUUUUGGGGGUGGCAUGAUCGAAAAGGUGUGUGAGAGGAAUAUGUGAUGGAAAGUACUGUUUUGAUGAAAUCGAAAGUAUGGAUCGAUGGAUGGCUGAAGGAAGAUGAAAUUAGAGGUGAUGGUGAAGGCGUAAGUGAGAUGAGAUGAGAUGAAAUGUGGGCAUUUUUAGGAAUGAGAUUAAUAUCGCAGCAGACGCGGCAGAGGAAAUAGAGAUAACAAUGAAAAUUAAUAAAUAUUAUAUUUCGUCUUGUUUUCCUUAGAUGGAUGUGAGAUACUGAAGUAAAGUAUUUUAGAUCG